AUGUAAUAAAAUAAUCAAUCCUAUCUUGUCAAAAAGAAUCACUAUCUGAUUGAAAAAUCAUAUACUUAGAGAGCCAAUAAUGAAUUACGACUUUCCAAAUCUAAUCCAUAAAUAAAUUGCACUAAUCGAACUCACACUUUGUUGAAUAUCAAUACUCAAAACGAAGAGAAUGAUUUGAGUGUUAUCUUGAAAUCAUCAAAUCAAAAUAAAUUAUAAGGUAACAGAUUUAUCUAUUGAAAAAGCCUAUAAAUAUCAAAGUAAAAAUCCCUAUUUAGUGAAAUUAGAAAAAAUUUAAGAUCUUGUAUUUUAGAAAAAACUUCAGAAUGUUUGCAAAUAUAAUAAAAGUAGUAAACUUCACAACGUAGCUUUGCCUGUUCCUAAAGGCACUUGCUCGAUUAUGCUCAAUAAAAAUAAAAAUAAAAACAAUGCUUUUAACAUUUCAACAUUAAAUAAGAAAUUAGACCCUAAAGUAAAAUAUAAAAUGAAAUGGAAAACUAUCUAAUGGCUCAUUUAAUUUCGAAAAGAUGCUAUCAACUAAUUGUUUAAAAACUAUUAAUACAUAGUGAAAUUUGCAAAAUUAAAACAUAAAGGUUUGACUAAAUAAGAUUUUCAUGAAUUGAUGGUCGCAGUAGGAUUAGGAACUGAUAUAAAUUUAUUAGAAAAACUAUUCUAUGUAUUUGACGAAGAUUCAAAUGGAACUGUUGAUUAUAAAGAACUUAUUAUAGGUCUCGAGAUCUUUAAGGAGGACUCAAUAGAAGAAAAAAUAAAGGGUAAGAUUCUCAAAUUAUCUAGUAUUUUUUGAUAUUUGUGAUGCAGAUGGAAAUGGAAGUAUAUCAGAAAAAGAACUAUACGAUGUAUUAAAAACUAACAUCGUAGCAUUUCAUGAUAGAAUUAAAUUGAAGAAAACCAUCCACUAAAUCUUCAUUGAAUGUGAUUAAAAUGGAGAUGGAGUUUUGGACAAAGAAGAAAUAUUGGAAGCAUCAAAAACAAAUGUUACUCUGAGGUAGUUACUCUAAUAGAGCAUCAAUGAUGUAAAGUAAAUUGAUAAGAUGAUUGAAAAUGAUUUGAAAGAACCAUUUAAUGAAUGGGUUCCCGCAUCGGCCAACUUUAUCAAUUAUAAGGAAGGAAUUUUCUAUCCUUACAAUGAUAAAAUUAUAUAGGCCUUUAAGGAAAUAGAAGAAGUACUUAUUUCAUCUAGUCUAGAUUAAAACCAUUAAUUCGAAUUUUUCAAUAUUUUGAUAAUAACCUUGAUUUCACGAUCUAAACUAAUUACA